AUGCCAACAGACCCCGACGAUGCUUCCUCUUCACACUCGGUGCGGUCUUUCACCAGAAUGACGGGUACAGACGGGAAUCCUCAGGCGCCAGCGGGGGCGACGACAGUUACGGAACAGGCAGAAUCAAGUGCGGCUUCACUGUCCUUGCCGGUCGAGCAGGAGGAAAAAGUGACCAGCCCGGAUGUGUUUGAAAGAAGGGGCUCUGCGGAUUCCAGCGUUGCGGCCGACGGACACGCCGACGAAGGGUUUGUGCUGUCUCGAAGCGUGCAGAAUCCAUCAGAGGAACUCCCAAUCGAACUCAUAAGCUUAACGGACCGAUUUGUCGCCUCCUUGAGCGCUAGAGUACACAACACACCUCCCAACAUCGACAAGAUUUCGCAACUCUUCCAAGUAUUUUAUAGCCGCGCCGAAUCCCAUAUUGCCACCCAUAUAUCUGCCCUUGCAUCUCGCAUAAACCGCGAUCCGUCACCCACCAUGCCUACAAAACCUCGGCCGACGGGACUAUCGAAACUGAGCAGCAAGCGCUCCCAGGAUGAUGUUGGGCAGGCACAUACGGGACGUCAAAUGCUGACGGCAUCGGAAGUUGCCGAGAGACGCAAGGCUCGAAAAGCGCUCGAACACAAACGAAUGGCCCUGGAAGAGGCUGCAGAACGACGCGUCUGUGAGCUUGUUUACGAUAAAAUUUGGAGACACAAAAGCACGCUUGAUGACGUUCGAGACGAGAAGUUGCGUUCCAAAACUGCAGCUUUGCUCCUGGUUGGCAUUGACUUGAAAGAUCUUGGCGUCGAUAUCGAUCUUACCUCCAUCGAUAAUGAAAAGCAAGAUGAAGCAAACGAGUGUUUCGCGCAGGCCCGUGAUUGUCUCGCGAAGAUGAAUGAUGAAAAAUACCCCCUGGGGAAGCUUCAGCAGCUGUCUACCGCGCACAAAGCGAUUGUCGAUGCCCUGACCAAGCUACUGCCGUCGUCUUCUUCCGCAGACGAGAUCCUGCCUACUCUGAUCUAUUGUCUUGUCACUUGCCCGCCUGAAGGAAUCAAUAUCAUCAGCAAUCAGCUCUUUAUCCAGCGUUUCAGAUCAUCAAACAAGCUCGAUGGCGAGACUGCUUACUGCUUGACUAACCUAGAAGCCGCAAUCAGCUUUCUGGAAAACGUUGAUCUGUCCACGUUACGCGCCGAUGAGCAGGAUGGCAUCGGCAAGGCUUUAGGCGAGAUGACACCGCCGCCAUCAGAACGGGUCGAUCCUUUCCGGCCGCCUAAAGAAACUGCAAUCUCGUCCGUGACAUCAGUAUCGGCUUCACCCGAGCUCUUGAAACCAGAGACCAAAGAAUCUGCCGCAUCCACACUACCCAAACUACGACCUGCCGUAACGCCGCAGCAACGACGUCUCAGUAACCUAUUUCAACCACCUGCAAAAGUCCUGGAGGCGGCCAACGACGCCGUCCGCAAUACCGCCGACCAAGGCCUGAAGAAUAUCAGCCAAACGCUGGACAGCAGCUUCAGCUUUCUCUUUGGCCGUCUGAAGGAGAUGCAGAUCAACCAAGGGCCUGAUAUGCAAGGCGGAGGACCAGUUCUACCCAAAACACUCGCCGAAGCCCGCCGCCUCAUCGCAGAAAGCGGCAAACAAAACCCAACACACGAUGAUCUGGUGACAGUCCACCCGACACUUCUGGAUGACGGUGAGCAGACACGAAACAGCUCCAGAGCAACAGGGCACUCGAGGGACGGACCAACGCCUCGUGAUCCAAGUGCAGACAGCAACCGCACCCAGGCGAGCAGUAAACGAUCAAUAGCGACAUCUAGUGUGCAUCGAGAAGAUCAGAACUCAACAAGUCCUAUUCCCACCCCUCUGGAAUCGAUGCGCCAAUUCGGCAACACUCUCAACCCGCUCAACCACAUUCCCGGAAUGAUCAAGAGUUUUGGCCGUAACACACCCGACACUCCUGCCGGUCGCUCACUGUCUCCCGCGGCGAUAGACCGGCUGAAUAUUUCGCCUGUAUCCCCAGUUGGGGCCGGUGGCACGGUAACGCCACUCUCUACGUCUUCGAGUAAGAUUGACCCUCCGAUCCAGCGGUUCCUUGAGAUACAGGAUGCGGCUGAGCUUCGCGUUGGGGAGGUGGCGACUUUGCUGCAUGAUUAUAAGAGACUCGCUGCUGCGAUGUAUAAGCCGAACAAUCCGUCUUGA